UGUUACUGGCUGUUGUUUUGCUGUUGGUGGCUAGCUCGUGGCACGUUUUAUGGCUUGAAGCUACCGUGUUGGCAACAGUUGGAAUCAGUGCAACGGUGACUCUUGAACGGUAAUGUUGACUUAGCGGUUGAAACGAAACCUGAUUUUAUUUACAUUUAUUAACUACACGCCAAACGUAAUAAAUACCGUAAAUUGCAUACAAAUUGGUGCAUAUUAAACUUUGGAAGGGACAAAGCCGCCAAAGCAUUCAUAAAGUGCCAACAAGAAAAACGGCGAUUGACUGAAAAUAAAAAUAGACGGCAAAAUGCUUCCGCUUCCGCGAGGAGCGGUUUGGCAAACCCUCUUCCUACUAUGUGCAGUGCUCUUUAUAAAUGAAGUCCGUUCGGAAGGCAGAGUAGUUUGCUACUACACCAAUUGGAGUGUCUACAGACCAGGUACAGCGAAAUUCAAUCCACAGAACAUCAAUCCAUAUUUGUGUACACAUUUGGUGUACGCUUUUGGUGGAUUCACAAAAGACAAUCAGAUGAAACCCUUCGAUAAAUACCAGGAUGUAGAACAAGGCGGCUAUGCCAAAUUCACCGGCUUGAAAACGUACAACAAGCAAUUGAAGACCAUGAUUGCCAUCGGUGGCUGGAAUGAGGCGUCAUCACGUUUCUCGCCGCUUAUGGCCAACCCGGAGCGACGACAGCAAUUCAUUAAAAAUAUUUUGAAAUUUCUACGUCAAAAUCAUUUUGAUGGCAUCGAUUUGGAUUGGGAGUAUCCGGCACAGCGUGAGGGCGGCAAGCCGCGCGACCGCGACAAUUAUGCGCAGUUUGUGCAAGAAUUGCGCGCCGAAUUUGAACGUGAGUCACAGAAGACCGGACGUCCACGUCUGCUGCUGACAAUGGCGGUACCAGCAGGCAUUGAGAACAUCGAGAAGGGUUACGAUAUACCCAAACUGAACAAGUACCUUGACUGGUUCAAUGUGCUCUCGUACGAUUUUCAUUCAUCGCACGAACCAUCGGCUAAUCACCACGCUCCAUUGUACUCGCUGGAGGAAGAGUCCGAGUACAAUUAUGAUGCAGAAUUGAAUAUUGAUUAUUCCAUCAAAUAUUAUUUGAAAGCUGGCGCUGACCGCGACAAGUUGGUGCUGGGCAUACCUACAUACGGACGUUCGUAUACACUGAUUAAUGAGGAGAGCACGGAAAUUGGCGCACCGUCAGAAGGACCGGGUGAACAGGGCGAUGCUACACGUGAAAAGGGCUAUUUGGCCUACUAUGAGAUAUGCCAAAAUCUGAAAGAGGACCCUGAGUGGACCGUCGUACAGCCAAAUCCCAAUGCGAUGGGACCAUAUGCAUAUAGACGUAAUCAAUGGGUUGGUUAUGAUGAUGAAGCCAUUGUACGUAAGAAAGCGCAAUAUGUGGUCGAAAAUGGCUUAGGUGGUAUUAUGUUUUGGGCCAUCGAUAACGAUGACUUCCGCGGCACUUGCAAUGGAAAACCUUAUCCACUGAUUGAAGCAGCCAAGGAUGCUAUGCUCGAGGGCUUAGGGCUUGGCAUCAACGAAGUCGCUAAGCCGAAUUCACCCAAGAAACCUUCACGUUCACGUAGUCGUGAGAAUUCGUCAUCAAAAUUAAAUCGCAUUGGUGGCAGCAGCGAAGGUAAGGGUUCAGCGAGUCGUACGACUUUGAGUAGUGGACGACGUCGUAUACAAUCCAGCACCACAACAACAACGCAAGCACCCGAGACCACGAUAAGACUGACUAAUCCAGAAGGCUCUUCAUUGUAUAUAGGCGGUCGCGUCACCACACCAGCACCACCCACCACGCCUGACCCAGGAACUGACUUCAAAUGCGAAGAGGAAGGAUUCUUUCAACAUCCACGUGACUGUAAGAAAUAUUAUUGGUGCUUGGAUAGCGGUCCGUCUGGUUUGGGCAUUGUGGGCCAUCAGUUCACUUGUCCAUCGGGACUGUAUUUCAACCCGGCCGCUGACUCGUGCGAUUUUGCGCGUAACGUGCCCUGCAAAACGAAGAAAGCCACAACUGCUGCACCUGUAACCAGCACCACGACAACAACUACUACACCACGACCAACAGCUUCCCUCAAUCGUAUAUCAGCCGCUACUUCACGCACAUCUUUCUUUAGAACCACCACUACAACAACAUCAGCUCCAGAGGAGUAUGAAGAAGAAGAGGAGGAGGAGGUGGAGGAUGUACCAGCACAUACUAAAGAUAGAGAUGCCGAAGAAGAUCCACAGGUUAUAAAAGAGCUCAUUGAGCUCAUACGCAAAGUGGGUGGUCUUGAGGAGUUAGAAAAGCACUUGCAACACAAAGAUGAUGGCUCAAUAUCGAUUAAAGGCAGCUCCAGUGAAUCAGGUGUGGCUACCACCCCCACGCCGAUUAGUAAAAAUCUUUACGACAAAGUGCUUAGCAAACCUAACACCUUCAACUCGUUCCGCAAUCGCUUUACCUCAUCAUCACUGUUUAGAAAAUCUGGCCAAACAAAGACGGAAGGAUCGACAAGUACUAAAUUAGAAAGCGAGGAAUCACAGUCUACUGAGGGUGCCAGCAGCAGCGGCUACUCCAAAUACUCAUCCGUCGUGCGCGGUAAUAGCAGGCAGGGUCCGCAAAAUGAGGGACUUGAUAAGUUGUCUGAGUUCGAUGGUUUCCUGAAAGAAAAGAAACAAUAUGUGACAAUAAACAGACAUAGAGGUGCAUUUAGAGGACAAGAUGAUGAAGAUGAAGUGGAGCAAAAGCAAACUGCUGAAGAAUUAAAUGAGAAUACUGAAGAAGAGGAGUUGAGUAGUAGAAGCAAAACCACAAAGCGGCCAACCAACACAGUCACACCCUCGUAUGCAAGCAUAAAACGCACCAGACCAACAACACUUCGUACCGAAUCCGAUGAGGAAGCUGAAGGAAGUGACGAAGAGGUCAAAACUGUAAAGGAGAGUGAAGAAAAGCGCACCUACACCUCACUAAAUCGGAACCGAGGACGGUUUACCACCACUGAAAGCAGCCAGCCAGCAGAGGAAAUUGUCACUAAUUCAAAUAGGUAUAAAUAUCUGGAGCGUACGAGACCCACAAACAGGCUUCAGACAUCGGCCAGCAGUCAAGAUGACGACGAGGUGGAUCAAGAGGAUGAACAAAAUGUAACGGUACAAUUAAAUGGGGCUGCAAUAGAUUCCACACAAAAAUCAACACAAACCACAACACGCAUCUAUGCGAAUAUAGGUCGUCGUACCACAACAACAACAGAGACUCCUAUCACCACCCAAGAAACACCAACCAGAUACAAUUUAUUAGAAAACACUUUUAGCAACAACGAAACACCUGAACCAAUUUUACCAACUACUACUACCACUGUCACAACAGCAAAUGACUCACCCGCCCUAUCCAUAACCAUUAAAAAUACUAAUCCCCAAUUCAUACCCAUUACCACGAAGCAAACCAUUACCACCACAUCCCAACCCAUUAUUUCCACAACAAAUGCCGCCGCUACUACAACAACAUCAAAUGAUAUUGAACUAACCGAUACCAAAUCCACCAUUACCACACUCCCACCAAACCUUGAGUCUGACUCAAAGGAUGCCUUAGACCUUUCGCUAGAUGUAAAUUCCCUUAUUGAAAAAACUGCCUUAACUCCCAACGAAAGUCCGAAGGAUAUAGAGCUCGCUGAGACUACAACGGCAAGAACAACGAAAGCUACAACAACGACCGAAACACUGACAAGCACCGCUACUACAGCCACCUCAACUGACACUGACCAAACCCCCAACGGCGAUGAGGUAACGAAUUUAAGUAAUAAUCGCACAAAGACACAAUAUAAAUUCAUAACAAGAACACGAAAUGUUACAAAAGCAACAACAACAACAAACACUGACAUAGACACUGAAAAUGAAAAUGAAAGCGAAAGCGAAAACAACAAAAUUUUCAAAGAAACCAAAAAAACUAGUCUAAAAACGGGUAGUAGUAGUAGUACCGAUGAUAAGCUAAGUAGUAAUAUUAGAGGUAAUACCUUUAAAUACUCUGGUGGUAGAAGACAACAACAAACGAACGAGUUACUAACUCGUAAAAAUCAAAUACAAAAUCAACAGCUAGAUUCCACAACGGAUUCCACAAACAGCAUAACAACCACCGAAUCAACACCCACUAACGAAUUCCUGGGAACCAUAUCUAGCCCUAGACCUUUCGGUUAUCCCAGGCGUCGUACGCGCCCGAAUAAUACCAAUCCAACCAACAAUGCUGAUAUACAAACUACUACUACCGAGAGUUCAGAAGAUGAACAAAGCAUAGUUAAGACGAGGUUAACGGCAACCAGUGCCUCCAAAAAUAAGGUGAGUUCCAAUUCAGAUGUGUUGCAAGUACAAAACGGAUUGGAAACAAACGAUGAUAAUGAGGGCAGCACUACGCGCACCCUUACACAAACGAAAUUGCACACACACACGCAUGUAGUAGAUGUAGUAGACGGUGUUAGUGGUAUAAAUGCAAAUAAUAGUCUAAGGCAUGUUGUAGAUAGAAACCAUAGCUUAAGUAUAAACCAUACACUUUCAGCACAAGAAAAGAGUGACAGUCGAGCGAAUACCGCGUCCGCUGAGACGUUAAAGGGCGAGCUCGAAAGCAAACGCGAACAAUUAGCUAAUACAGUGUUAGAAAACAAAAGUAGGGUUAGUGUAACACAGCUGAACGCUUUGACGACAAAUACCAAAGACGAGACGCUGAAGGCAAGUAAGUAUCGCGGCAAAAGUUUGAUAACCGAGACCGAGGAAACGUCGGCUCAAAAUGGUCUCUCUGCAAGGACAGCUGACUCUACAAAUUUCCGCAGUCGUGGCUUGAAGAUGGUAAGCGAAGAAAAAGAGGACCUAAAAAGCAACGACACAGGCAAAGAAACGGUCAGUACCGCCGAAAACGCAACAAAUCACACAACUUCGACAUACACAACAGUCACCGGAGAUAACGGUGAGGAAAACACAACUUCGACUGUGACCAUGCAAGCCAACGGAACCACCAUUACCGACGAGGGUAACGGCAUGGUAAAAAUUCAAACAGUCUAUACGACAAUCACAAACUCUGACGAAGCUGGUACGAAACAGCAUAAAAUAAGCGCUGAUGAACAUUCAACGCUAAAUAGUAAUGAAAAUGGUGUGAACAACAACAAAGCAGACAAGACCUACGCCACUAUCUACAGGGGGCACACGCAAACGCACGAAUCGAGGCUAGAUGAAAGCCACACUGCAACUAACGAGGAUUUGGGUACUAAAAAUACCACCACUUUCGAAACUUUGGACGAUGGCAGCGUCGUGCGUACAACAGUCUAUACCACGAGAACGAAAGAUAGCAGCGGUAAAAUCAUUACCACCACAGUUGAAGAGACCAUUACUACGCGCACGAAAAUCGAAAACUACGUGCCAAGUAGCGAUGGAGAGAGCAUUGAUCGCAAAUAUCAAACCAUAACGCGUCGCACAGAUCACACGCAUGAUCCCACCACCGAGACAAUACAUUAUAACACCAUUGUGCGCGGUAGUGAUGGCGUAAAGCUAAAUGAGGACCAAACUUCGUCUUUCUACAGAAAUCUCGAAGAAGUUGCCAAGCAAGCGGAACAGAGUCGCAGUCGCAUAUACCAGGGUAUAUCACGUGGUGGAAAAAUCGCACAAACGACGAGCGAAAACGAGGUAACCAGUGGAGUGGUAGAAAGCGAAGACAGCAGGUCGAUCGGAAAAAGCGAAACACACACGAUUGAACGUGGCUCAAGUAAGUAUCAUACAAUAAAUCGUGGGCAUACGGAAAGUGCAUUUGACGCAAGUACCGUCACGUCGAAUCAGCGAGAAAAUAGUCGUUUCACGGACAAAACAAGCAAGAAUACAAAUGGUGGUUACGUUAGCACAAAUCUUUCACAAGAAAAGGUAUCAGGAUUGCAAAUAACUGAAGACAAAAAUGAAAGCUCGACUUCAAGUAAAAAUAGCAGUGAAAAGAGUUCGAAGUUCUCUGGCGCUUCCGUUAUUGGUUCAUUGGAAGUAGAAAAUACAGCCGCCGAGAUCACUGAUGAGGAAAAUCGCGUAACUACGCCGCGCUUGGCAGAAACCACCACCGAAAGUUACACCACAACAACUGUUGAUGUUAGCACUUCGCUCCCGGAAAUAGAUGACACGACUAUUAUACCCGCGACAGAAAUUAAUAUACCUACUAGUUUUAAAGUACGCACGUCAUCUCAGAUUGCAGAGAAGAACACUACUCUACAUAUAUCCAAAGUUCGUAGUAGACCAACUACAACUGAAAUACCAGUAACUACAGUAAUUCCUGAAAUUAAAGAGACUUCCAACUCAAGUUCCACACUCGCUGAGCUUGCGACUCACAAGGAAGCGUUCACACAUCACAGAGGCAUAACCUCAUACUCCGCUGUAAAGUCUGAAGAUGUGUCUAACGAGACCGCAAGAAAAACUAGGGUUCGACCUACCAUAACCAAAACUUCUGCUGAUACUGAUUCAACUGUUGAAAAGAACAACACCACACGUCACAGAGUUGGAACUUCGGAAAAUACAGAGAUAAACUCCACUGAAGUAAGGCACAUAGCUCGUAGCAGACCCAGAACAACACCUGUUCCACAAACUGCUAAACAAUCGGAAAUUGAAGAAACCACAGUAGCAAAAACUGAAACAAGCCGCAAAUUCCGUGGUAGGCCAUCUACAACCGCAGUUCCAGAGACUACCACACAACCAGAAGUUGAGGAAACAACAGUUACAUCAACUGAAACAAGUCGCAAAUUCCGUGGUAGGCCAACUACAACCGCAGUUCCAGAGACUACUACCCACUCAGAAAUUGAGGAAACAACAGUUACAUCGACUGAAACAAGUCGCAAAUUCCGUGAUAGGCCAUCUACAACCGCAGUUCCAGAGACUACCACCCAACCAGAAAUUGAGGAAACAACAGUUACAUCGACUGAAGCAAGUCGCAAAUUCCGUGGUAGGCCAUCUACAACCGCAGUUCCAGAGACUACCACCCAACAAGAAAUUGAGGAAACAACAGUUACAUCGACUGAAACAAGUCGCAAAUAUCGUAAUAGACCAACUACAACCGCAGUUCCAGAGACUACCACCCAACCAGAAAUUGAAGAAACAACAGUUACAUCAACUGAAACAAGUCGCAAAUAUCGUAAUAGACCAACUACAACCGCAGUUCCAGAAACUACCACCCACCCAAAAAUUGAAGAAACCACAAUAGUAACAACUGAACAGAUUGUCAAAGCUCGUGGUAAAUCAACUACAACCGCAGUUCCAGAAACUACCACCCACCAAGAAAUGGAAGAAACCACGAUAGCAUCAUCAACUACAACUGCUACUCCAGAAACCACUUCUUCAAUGAUAAUUGAAGAGACCACAGAAGCAGUAUCCACUGAAGCCGUUACAAACUCAACGAAAACUGAACCCCAAGAUAGCACUACUGAAAUCACGUCUAUUCCAGAAACAACAACAUCGGGCUCUUCUGUUCCAGAGACAACCUUUUCCAGCUCUUCCGUCAACACCCGCCACAAAGUUUUUGCAUAUUCUGAGCAAAAGCACACGGCUGACACAAAUUUCAAAGUACGAAGCAAACCAACUACAACAAAUCCUCCAGAAACAACAGAAAAAAUCAUAAUAUCAUCAGAAACCGCUGCAACUUCCAAACAGAGUAUAGCGCGACACAGAGUUAGCGGAUCUACUAAAUACACGGAGAAUGAUUCUACUGAAGCAAUACACAAAGUUCGUGGCAGACCAAUUACAACACUUGCUCCAGAAACCACAGUAGCAAAAUCUUCCGAAACGGAUAGAAGGAACAUUACACGACAUAGAACCUUCGAUAAAAUAGAAGAGAAUUCAACAGAAACUAAAUUAAAAGUGCGUAGUAGACCAACUACAACUAUUUCUCCGGAAACCACCAUAUCAUCUUCAGAAACUGAUACCAACGCUAAUAGAAGAAACGGAAUUCGACACAGAACAGGCACAUCCUUCAAUAAAACAGAAGAGAAUUUAACAGAAACUAAAUUCAGAGUACGUAGUAGACCAACUACAACAAGCGCCAACUCGGAGACUGAGGCAACUAUUUUGUCAUCUUUGUCUGGAAGUAAUACCGCUACAAAUAAGAGAACAUUUGCACGUCAAAGAGUUGGCACAAUCGCUGAAACUAUAGAAGAAAGCUCUGCGGCGAUAAAAUCCAAGGUACGGGGCAGACCAACUACAACGGCGUUACCCGACACUACUCUCAUUCCAGAAGAAACAACCACAUCGCCAGUAACUUAUUCUACGAUAAGAGCAUCGACCACUCCUGCUACUCCAGCUACCACAAGUAUACCAGAAAUAAUGGAAACUACUGUCACAGUUUCUGCAGGAUCUUUGACAUUAGGCACAAUUGACACAACAUCGGAAGUAUCGCAACCCAGUACAACGGAUUCGCCACUACCUACUUUAGCACCAGAAGUUAGUGAAACAAGUACUUUGCCCCCAACUGAGGCAGUUACAGACCCUACCGAGGACAUAAGCAAUAUAAAAGUUAUUACUGAAGCAUCAGCUACCACCGAAUCUACGUCAAUACAGACUGCAACUCCUACUACAAGUGAAACGAUCAGCGAAACUGAACAACCCACAACGGAAAAUAUAGGAAUUAGAACUGCUCAAAAAAGCUUCAAAGGAACCAAUAACUCUUUCAGUGGAGCUUCUUCAACGAAAACAAAAGUUAGUACUAGAGAAAAGGAAGCGGCCACGGAAAAUGUUGACACACAAGCACUUGGAAGUAAAGGUCGUGCACAGACCACACGUGGUUAUGUACUGAAAAAUGGUGAUCAGGUGUCCACAUCGUUCAUUGACACUACAUCGAAUCGUAAGACAACAAGUCAUACUUAUAGUGCUAAUGAAAAAUCAUCAACUACCAGAUAUUCAAGCAGGAGAGAUGAGAGUGAAGACGAUGAAACCAAAUCCACAACUGUAACACCACAGCGACGCACCACUUAUCGAGGUACAUACCGGCCGCACAUGGACAAAGACGAUUUAUCGUCAUUAUUGGCGCUUGAUGUGAAUAAGCACCGACCGUACAACGAGAGCCAAUAUAACCUCGGUAAGCGUAUAUAUUUGGAUGGAAUUUACAAAGGGGAAGAAGGUAGUGCAUUAUCAAGCGAACGAAAUUCCUAUCAAACGGUUGGCGCACACUUAGGAAACACCAACACUGACACACAUGAGGGAUCUACUAAAAUUGGCGCUGACGCUGCUGCAACUCAAGAUAUAUCAAUAAGAACUAAGACCGUAAAUAAUAGAAAUGGAACAAACUCUAAUCAUCGAAGAACUACUGUUAUUAGAAGAAGAAUAAGUGGCUCUCGAAAUGCUACCAGAAAUAAUAAUGAGAUCGUGGCAGCUAAGUUGGCAGAAGGCUCUGCUCGAAUUAAAACAGUUGAAGGCGUUGGAGAAGAUGGAAGAAUUAGUACUACGUUCACUUCCACGCAGAAGAAGACUGAGACACUAUCACAUUAUGAUGCAGAGAAUGUGAAUCAAAGUAAUUCUGAGAAUAAACACGCUCUUAUAAAGUCAACGAACUCAGAAAGUCUGGGUUCUACAACAGUAGGCGCUCUCGUAGGCAGUUCUAACGAGGAAGAGUCCACCUCAAGUAAGAGUGAGAAGUUAGAGGAAGAUGUUACUAUUCUCGAUAAUAAAAAUGUAGCGAGUGAUGCUGUUAAGAGUGAUACGACAAGUGCCGGCCAUUCAGCAACAUACACUUCAAAAAGAAUUGAGGGUACCUCAGCUGCAGGCGGUGAAGCCGAUGCUAACGUCAAUACUUCAAGUAACACAGCAAAUUCAAGUCAACGUACUACGAUCGCUAAUAAUACAAAAUCCAUCAGGAUAUCGGACAGUAACGCCGCAUCAUCUAACGGUAUCGUAACAACCCAUUCUAAUGAAAGCUCGGCAACGAAUUAUAGACAACUUAGCUUAUUCGCCAAAAACAGGAAGUUUUUGGAGACUGAAGCUAAUGAAGCGUCUACUAAUAACAAUGUAGACCACGAGGAUAAUUCUGCGCAUGUUUCCGCGACAACCACAACAAAGUUGAGUGGUCUCAACAAGGUUGCCACUCAGCGCACAGUUAGCGAUGAGGGUGCAGUUGAAACGGAUGAAUCAAAAGCUAAGGAGUUUUCGAGGAACCGUAGUUCAUCUUUUAGAUCAGGAAGCGGUCGCGGCAGAUAUAGCGGUCGCGCACAGUACUCUAAUGAAGGUAGUAGGAGAAAUGUGAAUCGGUUAAACGCUGCCGAUAGAUAUUCAUCAAAAACCGAAUAUGAUGAAAGUGGCAGCAGCAGAACUCAAACCACUUAUACACAAACUUAUAAUAACGGUGACGAUACGCAGAAAACCGUUAAACGUGUACAUACGAAAACCGUACAAAAAGUGGAGCCGGAAUACGAGUACGUAUACGAGGUUAUAACUGAGAAAAUCCCACCAAGCACACCGCGUCCAGUAACACGUAAUCGUGGUGGCGUACGCUUCCGUGACACCGAUCUGUCAUCCUUACUAUCACUGGAUUUUGCGGCCAAGGCGAAACGAAGACAAGAAGGCGAAAAGACAAUCGUCAAAACUAGAAGAAAAUUAAUAAAAAAGCCAGCGACAAUAACUGAAAGUGAAAAUGUUGAAGAAUAUGAGUACGAAGAGCAGCGCACAAAUAGCCAAGCUACAACCAGACCAACACGCCCAACUGCAACUGCAGGCAGUACAAUUGUGCGUCGUACAAGACCCACAAGACCGCUCCGCACAACCACGUCAACAACCCAACGAACUACGGAUGCUGAGGAGGAAGACGUAGUACAAUUGGUGACAACAACUGCGUCACCAAAACCGACAACCAAAAAAGGAUUGGCAUUUAAAAGACCAAUCUCCAAACUGACUACGAAAACUAUAACAACUGAGGAACCGCUUGCCGAGGAACCCCUAACUACUACUACUGAGGCGGCUAUACAAACAACAAGGAAAGGUUUUGCAUUUAAAAGACCAAUUUCAGUAAUAAAAACCACCGAAGCUCCAGCUAAAACUACAACGGAUACAAGUAAUGAAGCUACCGUAGCAACACCGCGACCAGCUUUACGUCGGAAACUCAUAAAAAUACAACGUCCUCUGAGUAAAACAAAAGUCGAAGAAGCCGUGAAUGUGCAAGAAGUAGUAGUGAAGCAAGCUAAGGUCGUGACUAGUUCAAAGGAGAGCUCACCACCAAUAAGUACUACCAAUAACACUGCUGCUGAGGAAUCCGUAACUAUAACAACCUUCACAACUGAAGGACCACCCAAACCUUUCUCUUCUACCUCAACUGAGGAAGCUACCAUAAUAACAACCACAACACACGCUCACCAGACUUCCGACGAUUCAUUGGAUGUACUCAAGAAGCAGUUCGCUAACGCAAUUACCAACCUCCGUACUAAUGCUGAUGAAACUGUUAACUCCAAAGGUCAUACCACCGUUCUAACCAAAACCACGACCACCACAAACACAGUUAAUGGUGAAACUGAAACCAUUACAAAAACUGUAAAUGAGAUUACUGAACACAACUCCGUGUCUGAUUUAAAUAACGAAUUGAACGAAGCUGGUGAAGAUGCUUCGCUCUCAUUGCCUAUAUAUCAUCGCAGAAAAUACUAUCAAUACUAUAAAGACUCGCCAGUAAUUUACAUAGGGAAGCCGCAACCACCAACAUCAGCAGAAACCAGCAGCGUCGACAUUAAAAAACAAAUACACGAAGUAUUCAACAUAAGCAACGACGGCAAUACAUCGUUGGGUUCUGGAGAGCUGGACAACAAUAGCGCAGACGUGGCAGUUGCCACGUUAUUUGCAGCGAUGCAAACGACAGCAAACAUAGCGGCUAAGGAAUACCUAACCGACACGAAGGAUGAAAGCAGCAACAAUAAUCGUGUUGGCAAAACUUUUAGAGAACCAAUCUCCACAAUCACACAACUUUCGGCCCUUAAACCCGACUUAGAUUCUGCCCUAACUAAUCCCACUACAGAAAUAACAAUAGACAAAGAAAUACCCACAAUAAAAAUAACUAUACUAUCACAAGAUAAGCAACAACGGAACGAAGAUGCGCGCGCUUUACGCAAUUACGUAACAUUAAAUCGCCUGCGUACUACAACAGAAGCAUCUCCGGCUGCAGAAACCAUCACUGCAAGUAAAUAUACCAAAACGAAACGUGUAUACGGUACGCUCAAUCGAAACAAAACUGAUCAAUCGACAAACAACUUAAUAAAUGAAGAAAUCAAAGAUCAAUCAGCAAUUAGCAAGGAAGACAUAGGGAGCACUUCCGGUCGACGCACCUUCAAUCAAUUUAGUAAACCCUCAACACGUCUCACUGCGAAGAGACCAUUAUCCGAUAAUUUGAGUGAUCAAACUGCUACUAAUAUAAAUGCUUCGGGGACUGAUGUAACAAAUGAUUCCAUUGAAGGUACAACACGACGCUCCUUAAUUACAAUUAAUCGAUCGAAGUUUGGAACUACAACUGUUAAGACUUUAGAAGAGUCAGAUGAAAGUGAUUAUAGCGAUGAUGUGAGUUCCACAACUACAGAUUCUCUGAUAAAAACGACACGACGACCCCUAAAUGCGCUACCCAAUUCGAGAUUUAGAACGACGACUGCUAAAAGUGCAGACAUAGUUGUUGACAAUGAAGAAAGUAACAGCGUGGAGCAGACAACUGCGUCGAUUAGUGGCACAACAAGCGAUUCUCUAGAUAAAACUACGCGACAACGUUUAAAUAGUGUAAAUAGUUCCAAAUUAAGAACUACAACUGUUAAAGCCACAGAAGGAGAAGACGUGGAUGAGGAAGCACAAUCUUCAAUUGAAAAUACAACGAGUGAACCACAAGAAAAAACUACUAGCCGACCUCUAAAUAGUAUCAGCAAUUCCAAAUUUAGAACUACAACUAUUAAAACUAUAAAGAGUGAGAACGAGGAUGAGGAAUUGUAUGAGACAACUAUUUCUUUGCAGGAAAAGUCUACUCUACGACCUCUAAAUAUUAUCAAUGGUUCCAAGUUUAGAACCACAACUGCUAAAACUACAGUUGAGGAUAAUGAUAGUGAGGAAAGUAAUAGUCAGGAGGUGUCAUAUGCUUCAAUUGAAAGUACAACUAAUGAACUUCUGGAGCAAACAACACAGCGUCUUCUAAGGCCUUUAAAUAGUAUUAACAGUUCCAAUUUUAGAACUACAACUGUUAAAAUUGCUGUAGAAGAUAAUGAUGUUGAGGAAAAUGGCAGUGUGGAUGAGACAACAAAAACAAUUGAAAACACUACAAGUGAAUCUCUACGAAAAACAACUCGACGACCUCUAACUAGUAUUAACAGCUUAAGGUUUAGAACGACCACAUCUAAAACUGCUGAAAAAGAUGAUGACAUUGAAGGAAGUAAUAGCGGGAAGGAGAUAGAUGCUUCAAUUGAAGUCACCACAAGCGAACCUCUAUCAAAAACUACACGCCGCACCUUUAAUAUUAUCAAUAGCUCGAGAUUUAGAACAACAACUGUAAAAACAACCGAUGCAGAUACAGAGAGUGAGGAAAGUAAUAUUGACGAUGAGAAAACAGCUUCAACAAGGGCACCGCAGCCAAACACAACUCGGCGACCUCUAAAUUUUAUUAACAGUUCCCGAUUUAGAACCACAACGGUAAAGCCAAAAGGUAGCAUUGAAGGGGACAGUACUGAUGCGAGCACUCUCGAGAGUUCGAUAGAUACCACCACAACUAAACCGCUGGAAACAACUCGACGGUCAUACAACAGCAUUAAUAGACUCAAACUCAGAACCACAACCGCUGGGAGUGUGGAUGAACAAGACGCAGACAGUGCAGACGAGUUCGUUGAAGACGAAACCGUCACCACCACACGUCGUCCUUUGAUUGCCUUAAACAGGUUUAAAACUACAACAGAGUCCGCUAUAAGAGAUCAAAAUAGUGCAGAGGACUAUAUACAGGAAGUAACUACAACAAAAGGCACAACGCGGCGACCAUACACAGCUGUGAACAGGUUAACAAUAAAAACUGCGAUACGUGACGAGGAAAGUUCGAGCGAGCAAACUGCCGAGAAUGAAACCAGCACAACAACAGUUGAUACACUUAAUACAAACACGGGCAAAACGCGUAUAUACGCGGUAUUGAAUCGUAAGACUCUCGUCACCAAACCACCAGUGGUUAUCUCGGACGCAGUAGAUACGACGAGCAUCGAAAGCUCAUUGAAUGAAGUUAGCAACAAAGCCACAUCCAGUAGCACUGCCAAUUCAACGAAUAUUGAUAAGGGAGAGAAAUUGGAAGACGAAGAAAAUGUGCCGAUCAUAGAAGGUACAACCAAACGCACAUAUUCAACUUUAAAUCGCAUUAGCACAACCACUGAAAGUUCAGAAGAGGUGACGGCGAAGGAUAAUGAGGCAACUACAAGUACGGAAGAGAACUCCAACAUAAUAUUUGAAAGAAAUGAGUCGAAGCAGUCCGAGGAGAACACAACUGAAACUGUAACCGAUAGCAACUACAACAGCACCGCUAGCAGCGUAGAAAGCAUUAACACAAGUACAAUAGAGAAUGAGGAUGAUAAUAUAGCAACGCGUCGUCCAGUUCUGAUAAGAAAGCGUAUUUACGUAACAACUACUACAAGUGCGCCAAGUGAAGAAACCAACACAGAAAACAGCGUCGAUACUACUACGGAAAGCACCGGACGACGAACUGUAAAUCUUAGAAAACGUAUACAGAGUACCACAACCCAAGCACCAACCACACAGGCUGCUGUUGAAGAAACAAACAAUACGACGACUAAGCAAAACACUACGCUUAAAGCUACACGUGUUCCAUCGCUCAUACGUAAACGAUUGAAUGCAACGAGCACAACCACCACAGAAACGCCGAACCUCGUCGAUGAAACGUCUACGAGUGUCGAAACUACAACGCGUCGUCCAUUUGCUGGUUUUAACCGACAGCGUUUCAGCACUACAACGCAGUUGCCAGCGGAGUCGCUAACAAAUGUGGACGACACGGAAUCGGCAAAAACAGAAUCAGAAUCAAGCAGUACGAAGAAAAUCGUAUUUGGACAGACAAAUCGACAUCGUGCGCUCUUACUGCCGACAACUGAAACGUCAACAGCUACCAUAGAGGCGACUGAUAUUGAUUCAACAACGCGUCGCACUUUCGGCAUUAAUCGUGCGAAAACGACCACAGUGCCACCUGCCAAAAGCACAGAAGAUUUGACAACUAAGCGCACUUUUAAUGUUUUUGCGCAAAAGACUCGGCCAACUACAACAAAACGACCUCUACUACCAAGCAUCAAUCGAAGUCUCUACCAAAGGACUGAAGAAGUAGAAGAUGUGGAUGAUAACGAAUACAGCGAUGACUAUGAAGAACCCCUAAGACCAAGCAAACCGCAAUACCAGCGACCACAGUUCUUCACAAGCGAACGCACGCGACUGCAAGCUGUUACGCGCCGUCCAUACAAGCCAUCAAGCGUCGCUGAUAAAGAAUAUUAUGAUGAAUAUGAGGACAGUGAUGAUGAGUAUGAUGAAAACUCAGACGAAAAUAGUGAACCGAAUCGGGCGGCAUUUGGCCGCUCGCCAACCAAACCACCUACGACUGAACUACAGAAUAGCCUGCAAAACUUGAGAGAACGCGUCAAGUUAAGUCAAACACGUGACGAAAAUAACGCAGGCGUCGUAAACUCAAGACUGCAACUGCUUGCAGCCAAUAGGGCCAAGACCACUGCGAGACCAACCAGUACCGAUGCUGACGAACAAGACGAACAUAUUGAUGACGGAGACUCAAGCGCUGAGCACGACAGCAACGCACUUAAUGUAAAAAAUAGCAUAGCUAGUUUGUUCGCAAAUCGUAAUAAUACUAACCGUACCAGCACUGUAGCUAACACUUUAAGUGGAACUAAAAUUAAUUUAAGUCUCAAGUCUAACAGCACACGAAUAACAGAUGAUGUGAGUAGUCAUGUAGUUAAAGAAGCAGAACGUGAGGCUGAUAAGCAGUUUGAUAAUGUUGAUUAUAAUGAUGUUGAUAAUGAUGAUGAUGUUGUAGUAACAAGCACUAAUGAUAAGGGUAAUGAAGUUAAUUCUAAACGACGUUUUCAGAAAUAUCAAUUCAACCGCGCAAGAUUCACAACAACAACGACUACUACUACUUUAGCGCCAACAACAACAACGUCGGCGACGCGUGCCGCUACUAACCAAUUUACGCCCAAACAAUUAUACCAGUCGAACAGAAAUAGAACAGCAACAAGAACAAAUCAGGUAAAUGCGUUAGUAGAUGAUAAAGGUGAUGAUGAUGAUGAUGAUGAUGAAGAUGAUGAGGAUUAUAGCGAAAGUGAAGUAAAUGAAGACAGCACAAUCACAACCACCGAAAGCACGUUAACCACUAGUCCAGCUCCCACACUGAGACGUAUACGGGUGUUAAAGUAUCGCCGCCUAGUUGGCGGCAAUAGUAAUGCUACCUUAAUUAGUUCUAGCGUUAAUGAUAAUAGUAAUUCUACAAUUUCUAGUGUUACUAAUACUACCAACACUGUUAGCGAAAGUUUAGAUACACCUGUUUCGUCCGAACAGCAAGUAGAACGUACUAGAUUAGCACCCUUUAAUACCACAGACCCUAAUACACAAAAAACCCAAAGUGAAAGUCCUGUAAAUACAGAACAAGUGCCAACAAAACGUUUCCGCAAAGUUAUACGCAAGUUAAUACGACCGUUGAAUCGUACAACCGAAGCAACGCUGUCGAAAGAAACUAAAGUAGACAAUGAAACAAUUCUUACAAGUGCGCCACGUAUCAAUGGUACACGUUACGGCUUUGGACGUGGGAACAGCUUCCGCGCACAAACCGUUGACGCAACGGGUGUACGUGAGAAUGACACCGUUACCGAGGAUAGCAAGCUCAAUAAAGCGCGCACGAACUUAUUUGGCAAAGUCAAUCGUACGCGCUUCGGUAGCGACGUGAAUUCGGGCAGUACUGAGAAACAAUAUGAAACUGAUGAAGAGGAUAGUGAAACCGAUUCCGAAAUCGAAACGGAAACAGAUACUGAAGCUGUUACCGCGCCUGUAACAACCCAAAAGCCACGCGCUGCCUUCAUACGGCCGAAAUCUAAGGACACCACAACCGUUACAAGUGGCUUUACCCUGCCGACGCGACGUCCGUUUGUGUUUUCGCGCGCGAGUAGCACAACGAAAGCGGCUGCUGAAAAUGAGGAAGAUGGCGAGGAAGAUGGAAAUGAAGACGAAAAUGAAGAAGAUGCUGAGGAAGAAGAAGAUUAUGAUGAAAAUGUAGAUGGUACAUCAACACCAGUAUUGGAUCAAGAGAAAGAAAUAGAGAACAAACUAAGUAAUGUAACAGUAGUCUCUGAAUCUACCGAAAAUAUUGUUGCUGGGCAAACACUGUCACCGCGACCAAUUGUAGCAGCCACGCGUUUGAAAAAACUACUGCCAGAUGUCAAUGCUACAACUGUAAUCGCCACAAAUGAACUCGAAGAGAGCACGGAUACAGACAGCAACACCAAUGAGACGCCAAUAAAAAAUACACUAACCAUAACCAGACGUCCUUUCGGUUUACUUGCACGUACCAAAGCCACACAAAAUGAAACUGAAACGGAGAGUAAUACUGAGGAACAGAAUACAGCCGAUAUAGUAACCACUACUAUACCGAGACAUCCCUACAGUAUAGAGCCACGCUUGAAAGUAACACAAAAUGAAAGCGAAAACCAUGAUGAAGAGCAAAAUAAUGCUGAAUUAACUACCGCUAUACCUAGACGUACAUUUGGACUUGGCGCACAGACGAAGUUAAAACUAAAUGAAACUGAAAAUGGUACCCAAGAAGAAGAACAUGAAGAAGUCACAACGAAGAGUACGCCGCUGGUUCGUCCAACAUUCCGUAGAAAACUAGUCGCCAGACGUCCAUAUGUGCCACCAAAGGUAUCCGGCAUCACGAUCUCAACUACAGUGCCAACCACAUCAAAGCCGAAACGCAAAUUUGUGCGCCGUAAAUUCGGACGUUUCCAUCCUUUCAAUGCCGUGAACCGCAACACAGGUGAAGGCUUUGUGCGUACAGAUCCACGCGGUCAGUUGCUGCCGGAAACCAAACGUUUCCGCAUACAGGAUGGCAAGCGAGUGCCUAUACCGGAUAGUGAAACUUUAGCUGAAGAUGAGGAAUACGAAGAAUAUGAAGAUGAAAAUGAUGAAGAUGAGGAUGAGGAUGAGGAAGAAACGACCACGAAUGAUGAACAAAACAAACCACAAACACCGGUACCGAUCGUACGUCCGGUUACACGUCCAACUGGCUUGUUCAAUAAACCACCAACUACAUUGUUGAAUUCCUUCAGAGAAAAAGCAGCAGAAACUGAAACGGAGACUGAAGAAAACGUGGCUAGUGAAAAUGAGGAGGAAGAGGAAGACGAGGAGGAGGACGAAGAUGAAGAAAAUGUCGAUGCGUCAGGCGAUGAUAUAAAACAAGCAUCACCCAAAUUCAAUACACCUACAUACCGUCCUAAAGACAACCGGGUACCACCCGGUGCACGCCCCGCACUACCCUCUACCUCUACACCUACAUCAGGUAAUGUGCCUUUUAACGGCAGAGCUCGCCAGCCACCAUCCUCAGCUGAACGCACCAAUGGUAAUCGUUUCGGCACCUCUGCACUUGGCAACACGCGUGUCACAAACAGACCGCGUGUUGUUAAUAGGCCACAAGGUGUCGUGCCACCAAGUCUGCCACUCAAACCGAUUGCCACCACUUUUGAGCGCACCACACCGGUAAUACCGACAAAGCCGGCACCAUUCAUACCAACCAACACACGUUCCUAUGAACGGAAAUACACAGCCACCUCCACAGAGACACCGGAAACCAUUAGCGAUAAUUCACUUAUUGAAGAUUUAAAUAUCGAAGCACUAAAUGCACGCAACAAAAAGAUAUUUGAUAUCAAUAGCAAAAAACACACUUCCCUAAAACCGAAAAUAGCCAUUCCAGGCGCCAAACAAACACCAACAGAUCAACAACAAGAUACACAAGAACCCUUCAAACAAAACACAGAAACAGAAAACGAUGAUGAAUACACAGCAGAUGUGGGCGGUGGUGAACAGGGUUACAUAACCACAACACCACGCACAUCCGCCGCAAGUGACACGAACACUGAUUAUUAUGUCAAUGCUAAUGAAAUCUCUUCACAGGACAAUGGAUCAGUUGGUGAGCGUACUAUAUUUACGACACCGCAAACACCGACCACGACUCUACUGCACGUAUUCACGCAGACCGAUGACGAGCAGACUAAACGGCCGCCAACCGACAGCGUAAACACAAUUGGGCGAUUGGUGCCGGAGAGGGCGCGUCCCAAGCACAAAGUGGUAGAGAUCAAUCGUAUUGUUGAGAUCACCUCAAAGGCCGAAAAGCUGCGACGCAAAUCGAAAUCAAAUCAAGAAUUCCUCCAAAAGAUCGAGGAGUCGCAACUACAGGUCGAGUCUUUGCCACAUUUAGAGCAGCUGGGCGAAAUCAGCGUAGUGAAAUUUGUGCAUUUGGUCGAUGGUAGCGAUAUCUCCGUUGAUGGACACAGCACUGUUACCGAUUACACACCUACAGAGCCGACCGCAUCAGCGCCUGUAAGGAAUUCGUUGCCCGAGGGUGUGCCUUACUUUGUGCCACAGUAUACCUAUUCUACGGAGAGUGCACAAGUGCGCACUACUUUGGAACAACGUAACGGUAAAGCAUUGAUACCCGAAGUUAUACGCAGUGCGGUGGAGUCCUCGACCAUCUCCUUGGAAGGCUUAUUCGAAGGUGGACGGCAAGGUAAAGAACUCAAUUCUGUAAAUAAUGUGUACUACAUAUUCGGUACAGACGAAACAACCACAACUAGUACCGUUAACAUAAACGAGAACGCAAACGUAAAUGAGAACGAAACACUAAACAUAGAAAUUACAACACCAAGUACAAGCACGAGCUCAAGUUUGGCUUUACCGACGACCACGACAUUAUCAACGACAGAAACAUCCACCACCACCACAACUGCAAGCGCUUUGCCCCUAAUCCCGCAUAGCGAUAGUGUAAUUAACAUUCCUAACGAAGUCUCCACAAAUUUAGAAUCCACAACGAUUGUAGGUAAUAUCGUAGCUGAAGAUGAGAACACAACAAUAAUGCCGUUGAUAGCAAACUCAAGCACAAUUGAAGCAACUUUUAGCCAAUACAAUGCUAAUUUAACUGAAGUUAACAGUAAUCUUGUGGAAACGACUACAUCUACAGCGGUAGCCACCGAAGAUACGGCUAGCACCGAUACGGCGGUGAAAUCAAGCACAUACGUAAGACCCGUUGUACCACUACCACUCUUACGUCCCGAAUCCAAUGAGUCCUCCCCCCUAGUCAUAACCAUAGCCAACCUCGACAAAGUCAUACUCAGUAAAGUAGAUCGCACAGUCUCAGCCGAAAAUAAAGCGGCCUCCACCAUCACUGACCAAACCCAAUUAACCGAACCCAAACCCGCUGACUCGAAUGCAGAAUACUCCAGUCGUUUUGCCUCUGUCAUUGAGGCACCCACUAAUCUCAUACACGACACAAACGCCAAAGCCCAACUCGCAGGCGCGAAUGUGUCUAAAACCGUAGCUUCCAGUGUUGGUAAUAGUAGUGACAGUGAUAGCGCUGCAGGUUCUAGUGUUAGUACGAAUGCUACGAGUAGCUUAAAUAGUGGCAGCAUAGUGAAAGAAGUGAUAAGCUUUAGCACCGAGACGCAUGUGGUGCGUAAGAAGAAAUCGCGUAAACAUAGGGCGCGUAAAUUGCAGAAAUCCGGCAAACCCAGGCACACCACAGCGGCGCCAGCUGACGCGCCUGUCGCAAUAGUAACCCCAGAUGUUGUCAGCAAUGAUGAGGGUUACCAAACUAGCAGCACAAGCGCAAGCGUUACAGAGUUGCCAACAACAACGCCAGCGCCGAUAACGACGCCGCGAGUGCGCGUCAUACAAUUCGAUUCGCUUCGCAUUGCCGUACUAACGCGCUUGUGUUCCAACGUCUUUCAGGUUCGCACACCGACUGCAACGACGAUUGUAACCGCCACGGCGCAGACGCGACGACCGGUGCUGAGCGUGCGCCGACGCAAGAUCAAUUUGCCGAACGCUUCAUCAGGUAUAGCUUACCAGACGGCUACCACGUCGUUGCAGACGAGCCAAACGGCGGCAGCAACUACAACUACAGCUACAGCUAAUGCGGACGCUUCAACCAAAAGUGAUGAGCUGCUAAUAAUCACAACGGAAUUACCGACGACGACCUUUAAUAAGCAACAACUACAACGUAAUCGUAAUAAACUGGUAACACCGGCCGCCACAGCAACAACAACGGACGAUCUAAGCGCACCAACAACAACACAAUUUACAGCAGCAGCAAUUACACUGAACAACGCCAACAACAAUCAGAAGAGUUAUUUAAAUACAAAGUACAGAGCUAAGCUGGUAGCAGCUGGUUUGUCAACGAUCAGCGCAUCAUUAGCAACGGAGACACCAAAUGUCGAUGGGGCAGCAGCGGCAGCAACCACAACAGCCAGCAAUGACAUCAUACAGCAAGCAAAUGUCAACACCAACACCAAACAACCGUCGACUGUGUUGCGCAGAAAAUUCCAAGCACGACGUCUCAUUACAACCACAACGGCAAGCGCCACAGACGAUAGUGCCACCGAACAGCCACGCACACCCAAUCCACUCUUCAAACGGAGAUUUUCGCUCGCCGCCAACCCACCUGCCACAACAAUACUUACGCCGAGUACAAACACUCCAGCUGACGCACUCACCACAACACUCUUCGUAGACGGUUUCGAUGCCGAGGACGCCAGUGAUCAAGUGGCCAAAUCGAGUGUACAUACAAAUCAUUUCAAUCAAUUUGUGCACAAUGCCGAAGAUAAUGAAGCACAAAUACCACCACGAACCUUAACCAGCGGCAUCAAGGCCUCACCACUGAAAUCAAAGUCGCACAUAGCAGUCACAACAACACAUGCGCCCCUUGAGCCGCAACAGCCAUAUGUGGAAUCCAUCACACGUCGUAUGGGCACCGUAGCGGCAACCACGGAAUUCACUGCAUCGAAACGAAAGUCUGUCGCCAACAAACGAAGGCCACAGAAGUACACGCCCCCUACGCCACAAACAUCGACUGAAAGCUUACCGUCGCGACGCGGGCAGUCUGUGAAAGAGGCGGUGAACAGGCGACGGCCUAACAAGUAUGCCGCCGGCGACAGUUUUGAGCGACUAAAUGGCAAUCAGGCGGCACCGGCAAAGACAACCACACAUGUCAGCACGGCGAAGAGCAGCCAUCGACAAGUCGUCGACUAUGACUACUAUGACGAUGAAAAUGAGCGCGUAGUUGGCAAUACCGAAGGGCAGCAGUUGAAGGUGAUUUUGCAUGGACGUGGCAUAAUCGAAUGCCUGGAUCAAGGCAAUUUCCCGCAUCCGCUGUCGUGUCGGAAAUUCAUAUCCUGUGCCAAAUUCGAGACCGGUGGCGUGGUAGGUUGGGAAUAUACUUGUCCGAAGGGUCUCAGUUAUGACCCGGUCGGUGGCAUGUGCAAUUGGGCAGCCGGUCUCGGCUGUAAGGAGUAAUUGGCGGCGGCAUUAACACUUUGAAAUACAAAUUCUAACAAUAGUAUACCCUUUAAAUAUUGCUAGAAACAUACUUUCGCACAAAUCGAACUGCAAUUUAUAAAUGCAAAAAAGAAUACUCAUUAAAGUAGCUCAUUGAGAGUUUGACGUCUGCGCCGGGACUCAUACACACUUCAUUUUUAAAACGAAUUUCCUUUAACCCUUGCAGUUAUUUUAUAGUUUUAAUAAAAUUAUGUGAUUAUCGUUUAUUGUUUCUUUUUCCUUAGUCGUUUAAGCAUAACUUUAAGUUUAAGCUAAAAAUGUUAAAUUAAAUUUAGUUGAAUUUUGAAAAUGAAAAAUAUUGUAAAUGCUAAUACAUAUUGGAAAGUAUUCGUUUAUUGUAAUUUCUUUCAACUUACAACGAAUUACUAUACAUAUUUCUAUUUUUCUAUGCCAAUACUCUAUAUAUUUUAUAAUUUAUAACCAAUAAAAAGUGAAAAUACUUUAGUA